AUGGAUAAGGGCAAGGUGCCCGGAGGAAGAAGCAACGGAACGGGAGGCGAAAUUAGGGUGAUGAGAAAGAGAUAUGGCUUAAGAGGUUACGCCAAUAGAACAUGCGAGGAGGAGAGAUGGAAGCGCUAUAAAGCAGCAGUGAGUGAAGAAAAAGAGGGAUGCAGAAAAAGUUCCAGAUGUCCAGUCGGGGAAUCACGCAAGACUAUUUUCUGGGUACAUCCUACGCAGAGUGAAAAAGUAUCUGGCAGACCUUCCAAGUCUUCGUCCUCAAUUACCACCUCACGUGCAGACAAAACAGUGUCUUUUUCUGCGAACAUAUCUGAAUCAGAUAUCUGUCAUAUUUGCAAAAAUCCAUGCAAAACAUGCCUUGUGCCCAAAGACACUGGUGUGGUAUCUAAAGCUUCUGCUGAAAAUACUGGAGGCAAUAAGAUCAAUCAGACCGCGUAUGUUAGAGGUAGUGAUUCAGAUGCAUCGUGCUCCAAACAAUGCCCUAAGGGAAUAUUGCUAAAGAAGUCUGAGUCAUUUAUCUGUAAUAUUUGCAAAAAUGCAUGUAAAGCAUGCCUAAUAUCCAAAGAUUCUGGUGAAAUAUCAAAAGCUCUUGCUAGAAAUACUGGAAGCAAUAAGGUCACUUCCACUACAAAAGUUAGUUAUUCAAACAUAUCUUGUCCCAAACAAUGUCCUAACAUACCUUUCUCUCCCAAGGAAAGAUCGAAAAGUGCUGCUGAUAUUCGAAAAGCUGGUAGUAAUCUCAGUUUUUCCAGUGAUCGUAGAGAGGCAUCUAAACCACAAUCAAAAAGUAUUCAAAUCGAAAAAAACCUACCUUUACGAAGUAAAGAGAGUAAUUCCAACAGAAGUGUCAUUAAAAGUGAUUAUGGAUACUUCAGUGAAUUUCAUAAGAAUUGUUUUCCACCGGACGUAAGUGCAACUUCUUUGCAGAAAAGUAAGUCUGCGAAGAAACCCGGAGAUGUUAGUCAUGUGAGUGAUCGGAGUAGACCUCUCUCUGAAAGAGGACAAGCAGGUGGUUAUAGUAACACGAGAGAUCGAAACAGACCAACUUCUGGAAGAGGACAAGUAAGUGGUUAUAGUAACACGAGGGAUCGAAUCAGUCCAACCCCUGGAAGAGGACAAGUAAGUGGUUAUAGUGACAACAGAGAUCGGAACAGACCAACUUCUGGAAGAGGAAAAGCAAAACAUUUAGGUAAUGCAAGUGAUCGAAAGAUACCAGUUUCUGGAAGUGCAAGAAGCAAAAUAUAUUCUGGGAGAAAUGGUAUUCGAACCAAAAUCAAUGACAUAAGUGACAGCGACUUUGACCACUUUAGUGACUAUCACAAGAAAUGUUUACCAUCCGACUUUUCAAAUACUAACGUACGGAAGUUUGAUCAAACGUCUGACUCGAGAAAAAACCCAAUAUCUUCGGAAAAAGGAGGAUUUCGUAAAGGUAAAAGUAAAACAUAUAACAUUGCAAGCUCUUGGAAAAAUCAUGGUUUUAAGUCUCAAGUAAGUAAGGGGAAAGUAGAUUUUCUAUCCAAAGAAAAGAAAAAGGAACAAGAGGAACGAAAAUGGAUUCUGCAAAAAAAUGAAAGGAAACCGAUUGAAUCAAAAAAAUAUAAAAAAGAAUUGGAUAUAAAAAGCGACCAGAUAAAGAAAGGGGCAACUAUUGAGCGUGAUGGCAAUGACAUUAUAGUAAGCAUUCGAAUAAGCAUGAAAUCUGAUAGACAUAAUGCUGCUGGCAGCAGCACCGACGUCUGUAUACCUAUUGGAUCUUCUGCUAGAAGCAAAGGGAGCAAUCCAUUAGUGUAUCCUGUGAGAUCGACAAGCAUUAAAAAGUCAAAAACCAAUAAUGAAAAUGCUUCUAAUGAUAAGGGAAAGACCACGGAACCCUUUAGCAAGAAUUUAUCUAGAAAAAGUUUGAAGAAAAAGGCAGGUACACAAAACUUAGCUGAACCGGUAGAGAAAGAUAAGCUUGCAUCUCUCAGUUCCUUGGGAAAAAGACCCCUAAAAGGACAAAAGCGUGCCUUAAAGGAUAAUUCGCAAACAAGUUCCUUAGGCGAAGGAGGGCGUAGCUCCAGGAAACCUUCGACGACAAAAUCAAAAGACGAAGGAAAGCACAUCUCAGAGAAGUCUGGACCAAAAUUAUCUGUAACGGAGAAGAAGCGUGGGCCAAGAUCACAAGACGAAGAAAACAGGUCUGCAAUUAGUUCACAGGGCAAAAAAUCCUUGAGCGACAGUCACUCGAGUGCCUUGAGAAUAGAUUCUGUGGCCAAAGAAAAACGUGAACAUAAGAUCACUCCUGAAAAAUCUCAGUCUGCAGAAAACGCAUAUUCCAUUAAUUCAUCGGGUGAAAAAUUCUUCAGAAAAGGAUCGACGGACACGUUGGAACAUAGAUCUUUGGUCAGUGGAAAAACUGAUUCUGACAGCACUGUUGGAAAACAACAGGGCGAAGAAACCCGGACGUUUGAUAGUUUACAGAGAGGAAAAUCUACUAGAGAAGACAAACCUGACGUCCGAAUUUCUGACGAUACAGAUUCAGUUGAUAAGAAAACGCAGAAAAGCAAGGAUUCUCGUGAAAUAAAACCAUUAAAUAAAAAUGCAUCAAGCCCGCAUGACAGUGAGGAAAGCAUAUUCACCUUGGAAGAACCUCAGAAAGAAGAGAAGAAACACGACAAGAAAAUCGAAAAAGAGAGUAGAGCAAGGUUAAUUAAUGCGCGUGACUUGGAAGAUCCGAAAAACAAAAAUACCAAGGAAGAAGAAGGAGAGCAAGAGGAGGGCAGUAAAGCUGCUAAAAGAGGAUUUUUCGACUUCAUGUUGAAAUGCUUUCGAAAAGAAAAG